AUGGCAGCCUCCCGAGCCCACCUGGGGGCGGGGCGGGGCGGCCAGCUGGCGUCACCAGGACAACGGGCGUUGCUGCCGCCGUGUGACUCCGGGCUGUGGGCGCGCUGGCGGCUGUCCGCCAUGGUUUUCUCAAAUAAUGAUGAAGGCCUUAUUAACAGAAAGUUACCAAAAGAACUUCUUUUAAGAAUAUUUUCCUUCUUGGAUAUAGUAACUUUGUGCCGAUGUGCACAGAUUUCCAAGGCUUGGAAUGUCUUAGCCCUGGAUGGAAGCAACUGGCAAAAAAUAGACCUUUUUAACUUUCAAACAGAUGUAGAGGGCCGCGUGGUGGAGAACAUCUCCAAGCGCUGCGGUGGGUUCCUGCGGCAGCUCAGCUUGCGAGGCUGUAUCGGUGUCGGCGACUCCUCGCUGAAGACCUUUGCACAGAACUGCCGAAACAUCGAACACUUAAACCUCAAUGGGUGCACAAAAAUCACUGACAGCACGUGUUACAGUCUCAGCAGAUUCUGUGCCAAGCUAAAACAUCUGGAUCUGACCUCCUGCGUGUCCAUUACCAACAGCUCCUUAAAGGGGAUCAGUGAGGGCUGCCGGAACCUGGAGUACCUGAACCUCUCGUGGUGCGAUCAGAUCACGAAGGAUGGCAUUGAGGCCCUGGUGCGCGGCUGCCGAGGCCUGAAGUCCCUGCUCCUGCGGGGAUGCACGCAGUUAGAAGAUGAAGCUCUAAAACACAUUCAGAAUUACUGCCAUGAGCUCGUGAGCCUCAACCUCCAGUCCUGCCCACGCAUUACGGACGAAGGCGUUGUGCAGAUCUGCAAGGGCUGCCCCCGGCUGCAGGCCCUCUGCCUGUCUGGCUGCGGCAACCUCACGGACGCCUCUCUAUCAGCCCUGGCGCUGAACUGCCCGCGACUUCAGAUUUUGGAGGCUGCCCGGUGUUCCCAUUUGACCGAUGCAGGCUUUACACUCUUAGCUCGGAAUUGCCAUGACCUUGAGAAGAUGGAUCUGGAAGAAUGUGUCCUGAUAACCGACAGCACGCUCAUCCAGCUCUCCAUCCACUGUCCUAACCUGCAAGCCCUGAGCCUGUCCCAUUGUGAGCUCAUCACAGAUGAUGGAAUCCUGCACCUGAGCAAUAGCUCCUGUGGCCAGGAGAGGCUGCAAGUUCUGGAAUUGGACAACUGCCUCCUCAUCACCGACGUGGCCCUGGAGCACCUGGAGCACUGCCAGGGCCUAGAGCGCCUGGAGCUGUACGACUGCCAGCAGGUGACCCGCGCAGGCAUCAAGCGGAUGCGGGCUCAGCUCCCUCACGUCAAAGUCCAUGCCUACUUUGCACCCGUCACCCCACCGACAGCAGUGGGAGGAAGUGGCCAUCGGCUGUGCAGGUGUUGUGUCAUUCUCUGA